CAGCUUGCGUCACUGCCUCAGAGAGAGGAGAGCGAGCUGGGGAGAGCGAGGCAGUUCGGAGGGAAGGACCGGUGCGAGUCAGGCGGCCCUUGAGGCUCCGCUCGCCCACCUUCCACUCUUCUCUCUCUCUCUCUCCCUCUCUCUCCCUCUCUUUCCUUGCCACUUUUUUCCUCUCCGAAAUCUCCCAUUCAGCCAAAGGAAGGAGGUAAGGGAACCAAACCCCGCCUCCAAAAAAAUAAUUAAAAAAAAAUUUUACAGUCGGGACCGAGUGGUGGCCGGCUGGCUAUGGAGCUGCUGUGCUGCGAGGUGGAUCCGGUCCGCAGGGCCGUGCCGGACCGCAACCUGCUGGAAGACCGCGUCCUGCAGAACCUGUUGACCAUCGAGGAGCGCUACCUCCCGCAGUGUUCCUAUUUCAAGUGCGUGCAGAAGGACAUCCAGCCGUAUAUGCGCAGGAUGGUGGCCACCUGGAUGCUAGAGGUCUGUGAGGAGCAGAAGUGUGAAGAAGAGGUCUUUCCUCUGGCCAUGAACUACCUGGACCGCUUCUUGGCUGGAGUCCCAACCCCUAAGACCCAUCUUCAGCUCCUGGGCGCCGUGUGCAUGUUCCUAGCCUCCAAGCUGAAGGAAACCAUCCCGCUGACCGCGGAAAAGCUGUGCAUUUACACCGACAACUCCGUGAAGCCCCAGGAGCUGCUGGAGUGGGAACUGGUGGUGCUGGGUAAGCUGAAGUGGAACCUGGCUGCAGUCACCCCUCACGACUUCAUUGAGCACAUCCUACGCAAGCUGCCCCAGCAAAAAGAGAAGCUGUCCCUGAUCCGAAAGCAUGCACAGACCUUCAUCGCUCUGUGUGCCACCGACUUCAAGUUUGCCAUGUACCCGCCGUCGAUGAUCGCAACUGGAAGUGUGGGAGCAGCCAUCUGUGGGCUUCAGCAGGAUGACGAAGUGAAUCCACUCACGUGUGAUGCCCUGACUGAACUGCUGGCCAAGAUCACCCACACUGAUGUGGAUUGUCUCAAAGCCUGCCAGGAGCAAAUUGAGGCUGUGCUGCUAAACAGCCUGCAGCAGUUCCGUCAAGAGCAGCAUAACGGAUCCAAGUCUGUGGAAGAUCCGGACCAAGCCACCACCCCUACGGACGUGCGGGAUGUUGACCUGUGAGGAAGCCAUUCGGGCGGCAAGAGAGAGGCGUGUUCGUCAUCUGCUAGCCCCUUCUCUCUGUAGUUAUGUCUUGUUCUUUGUGUUUUAGGAUGAAACUUCAAAACAAAAACAAAAAAAAAUCUGCCCCCACCUAGAGCCUGUUUAAAGGUCUUUUAGAAGUGAGAGGAAAAGGACGUAUAGUUGAAAACGCACGUGGUGCCUGUUCAGAGUCCAGCCUAAGGGGAUCCCUUGUAUAUGCAAACCGUUAUUAUUUGAUGAUGUAAAAGUCAUAGUGAGAUGCUUACAGGAGAACCCGCAGACUAGCUAGAGAAUGUGUAUGUAUACCUGCGAUAUGGGAAGAAAUUAGAGGAGACUGUCUUUUGUGCUUGUGAACUAGUGCAUAUGCCCCCUUUAGUAGAAUUGCAAGGAACCGUGGGUGCCAGUAUGGCAUGAGUAGUUUGCAAAGCAGUGAACCCAAGAAGGAAUCAGAAACGAGAAGGGCCAUGCUGGGGAGGUUGCGCAAAACCACCUGACCACAUGACUGAACCAUUUUGGAUGUAAGAAGCGCCUUGAUGCCUCACCACGAGUAGCCAAGACUGGGCGUGGUGGGGUCUCUCCCUUGCAUACUCUUGCUGACUACAGUAGCUGCUACCUAAGGGAUAUGUCUUUUGCCAGUUGGACACCAGUGAUUGGCUCCUAAGUCUCAUGCUUGGUGAAUUUGGGCUUCUUCUUCCAAACAUGGUUCAUUGUAGAUAUACCCUACUGUUAUCUGAUGGAGGGAAUUAACUAUGGGCCAUGACCAAAACUCAUCUAAAUGGGGGCAGAUGGAGACCACAAACGGAAACUAAAACAAAGCUUCCCUAUGUAAUGGAAGAUGGUGAGGUGAUCUUUAAUCCCUUGUUAAGAGAAAAAAGAAGCAACCCUUAAUUUUUGGUGCUGAUUGGCAUGUCUGGCCCACAGUUUAAUGUUGUUAUAAACCAUUCCAUUGGAAAAGCACUUUGAAAAUUUUGGGAGGGGUGGAUGGGUGGGAUGUGGGAUGGUUUAUGCAAAUCCUGUUGAAUACGCCUUCCUUCUUUGCCCCUCCCAUUCCUGACCUCUUCCGGUUCCUAUUCAUUUCUGGAGUCUGACGUUUUGGUACCGAGCUCUGGUGUGUCCCUACUGGGGCCGAGAGGGCCCUCUGCUGAUAUCCUUGUCCCAGCAUUCCUCGGGAAAGCCUGUAAACAAAGGUCUAAACCAUUCUGAUGGCUUAGAAGGAUUGAAUCCCCCGUCUAUGUUUUUCUCCUUUGGACAUGGAAAGAAAAGUUACUUCUGAUGCAAAGGCUGAAGAUCAGGGUGUGGCAUUUUGGUCCCUUUUCCAUUUUUGUUUUGUUUUGUUUUGUUUGUUUGUUUGUUAAUUUUAGUGCAAAGUUGUAUUCAUUGUACUUGAAGACCUCCUCUCCCACUUCAUUGAGACAGUCAGUUAAAUAGAAGUUGGAGCCACAGUUGGUGGGGUGUUUUUUUUUGUUUUUGUUUUUGUUUAUGUUUAUGGGGUUUUUUUUUUUGCACAAUUAUAAUUGACAGGUAAUGAAGCUAUUUGUUAAAAUAUCUUUUUUAAGAGAAAAGUUCAGAACAGGGCUGCUUUGAAGAAUUAUCAUACACAGGUUCUGCCUUGUUUCACAGUGUGAGGGUUGAAGAUGGAGAAACAUCUAAGGGUCUCUUAUCUUUCAUUUUCUUUUGUUCUGUUUAUUAUUAUUUUUCGCUGCUAAGAAGCUAAGAUCGUUCAUCCCCAUUCACAUUAACAGUACCUAGCUGUAAUGUUUCACAGUGUGCUGCUAUUUUAGAAACAUUGUUAUAAUAUAUUAUUUUACUGCUUAAAUUUCAAGUCCCGAAGUAGAUGGUUGAGAAAUGAGUUCUUUGUACUGGAAAAGCUUUUUUCUUCUGUCCCUGUUCUUCUGGUAGCAUUGAUGGGUUGUGUUUCGUUUGGUUUCCGUUUGUCCUUUUUCUCCCAUGCUUCUUCAUUUCCGGGUUUUCUUUCCUCCUCUGAUCACAUUCUUCAAAGAGUAUUCUUUACCUCAGGUUUACUGGACAAAAAAAACAAAACCAAUAAUGAUAGCAAUGUACUUCUUUUUGUUUUCAUAAUACCUCACAGCUAUAGAGUUUCUGUUUGGAAGGCCGCUGGCAGGAGGCACAGGACAGGCAGAAGGCGGGAGCUGGGCAUCCUCCUGGGUAGAAAGCAGGAGAGAUCUGACCCCAGGGUCUCAGGCCAGGCAUAUUUUCUGUCUCUAAGGUCACCAGGCUCCCCUUUGACUCAGGCUCCCUCCUUAUGAUAGAAGAAAACACUGAAGGGCCCCUCUACACAAGGCAGAUACUCAGCAAACUCAGACAGUGGGCUAGGUCAACCUGAUUGGUAUGCAUACACCAGGAUCAGCAAUGAAGAAUUCUGGCAGGCAGUUAGGAGACCCUCCCCUAUCUCGUUGCCCAUUCAGGUACAGGACUUCCCUCUUCCUGGGAUCCCUUCAUCAUGAACAUUGACCAGUUUCCCUCUCCUUGGCAUUGACACCUCAACUUCGGAUGGUCUUCCUAGGACUGAGUCCAUGGUGCUGAGAGUGCAGCACACAUGGGUGGUAUUCCUUUCUCCCUCUCUUGUCCUCUACGGUCUACAGUGACAGGCAAGUGCUGUGUGUGGGCAGGGCGACUGUGUGUAGCACUGAAUGGCUUCAGGUGUUGGAUCCCAUUGAGUGGGUAAGGUAGUAGGCACAGGUUGAGUGAGUCUGGGAUGCAAGUUGAAAGAAGGGAGAGGCUGUUUCCGGGGUCUCGGGCGUGUUUAGGAAGGAUAGGGACUUGGUGAGUUAGCAUGACCCUAAAUCCUAGGGGCUUUGUGGUGGGACAGUGGGUGAUAGUUUGGAAAGUCUGAGAGCGGAAAAGGGAGCAGCCUGCAGCUAGCCAGUGUUUAUUCAGAGCUCACACUGCACAGUACUCUCUCCUGGUCCUUAAGGGACCCCACAGAACUUGACAGACACAUUCCCAUGAGUUACUGGGCAACUGGGGUACCUGAUGAGUAACCUUUGAGCUUAACAGAAACAUUGAAUGAAGGAAGCUGACACACAGCGGGAGAGGCAGGUUACUGUCUGCCCUCCCUCCAUCCCUCUUACCUGGAACCUAAGAGACUCUUCCUGUUUGCCAUCCUCAGAGCCUAGUGAGAUGAGUCCUGUAGAGUGGCCAUUCUGCCUGCUCCUCACUUACACAAAGGAAGGGAGCCUGGAUUCUUUGGUGACCAAUACCUUCUGCUUAGAUCUGGGUCUUGGUAGUAUUUCUGUCCCAGAGGGGUAUAAACGACCCCAUGGAUUUCAGCUUGCCCUCUCCAGCCCCCUUCAUAUCCUACAGAAGGGAUUGCAGAUUCUGGUCUUUUUCUGCCUUGCUAAUGAUCUCUUCUGUGUUUUUAAUUUGUCAUUGUUGUUUGUUUGUUUGUUUUCUCCAUCAUGGGGGAGGGGGGCUAAGUUGUUCCCCCAGCCUGCCAAAUUUUGAUCCUUCCCUGUUUUGACCAAAUCCUAGGGGAAAGAAACCCUAGUAUGCCAAAAAAUAAUAUGCUAAGCUUAAGGAGAUUCAUAAUGGUUCCUAAGAACCAGGCAGCCUGAGAGUGGAUGAGCUCCUUCUCAAUGGGACAGCUUGUGGAGGCUGCUUUGGUUCGAACUGUCCCCAGGACACCAUGAGAAAGCAGAGCAUAUCUUGUAGGCAGCUAGCUUUAAGGUGCAUGACUACCGAGGCAGACUCCUCUCUAGCAGCCAGGCUGGGGGUGCAUGUAGCACCCCUGGAUCCCAUCUUGUUGCUAGCAGGGUAAGUGACCCCUUGGAGGGAGUGUUAAUAGCUUUCCUAAAGUCUAGCUCUUUGGGGACCCACCAGACUGUGCCUUGAGAGCUGUAGGACCCACAGGCUAAAAUUGGGUGGCUUUCACAAAGAGGGCAGAGGAGCUUCAUCUCCAUGGGGUAUGAGGACAGGGCUGGGAGGACCACACUUGUACCUAUGUCCUGGACAGUAUACUGGUGGUGUGGGAACUGGAGGUAGCAAUCAGAAGUCUAAGUAAGUCAGCUGACUUCUAAGCCCAAAGGAUCCCCUCCUGCUUACCUUAGACCAUCACCUUGAAAAUAGCUUUAAAGGGGGGAAUUAAUGCUGAGACGGUGAAGUCCCCGUAAGCCGACAAGCCCUCCAUAGGUGCACACCGCACACAGGCUUCUCUCCGUGCAGACUCCAGGAGGUGGUCAGCAGCUGCAGCAUGAUAUCUAUUUGUACGAAAUAGGGUAGGGAAGCCCCGGGAGUGUUAGAACUUCCUUAUACCGCGUGGCUUUUGAUGAUUCUGGAUUCUCAACAACACAAAAGAGUCCUUGAGCCAAAUUGUGUGCUCCUCUGCUUUUAGAUGUGGCUGGGCUGUGAGAACCAUUCUUGGCUCUGGUUUUACGAAGCCAUCAAUGCAUACACACACUUGAUGGAGCUGCAGAUCCUUUGCCUGCAGCCCACUUGUGGGGGAAAAGUGCCUUACUGACUUACAGUAGCCACUCAGUUUCAACAGGUGCCUAUCUUUGACAAAAAGAAAAGAAAAAAAAAAAAAAA